AUGUACGUCACAGAUUGAUGAUCACAGAGGUUGAUUAAAGCGCCUGGGAAACCUUGUCUCUUAUUGACAAUUAACCAUAAUGAAUAGUGAGGCGUGAGAGGCUGUGUUGCCGUUCUGUUUUUUUGUUUUUAGGAAACUAAAUGACAGUCAUUCGGGGGUUUAACAUUUAAAGAAUAUCCAAGAGUUAAAGUCAAUCAAAGGGAUCAAACCGUAAAUCUAAAAUCCAUACGAUCAUUUGAAAUAUGUGUACUCCCAAUAUAUAAACGGAUAGACAAUAUAAUGUUUAAGGCGUAUCAUUCAAGGAUAGUUAAUGGGCUAUAAAAUGAUUUUUAACGACCGCAAAUGUGCUACGUGAACGCCUCCUGGUUGACAGAAGAAACGGUUAGGAUUUGCAUCCAAGUGGGUGGGACGGGACUGCAUUUAUAAGCUCAAGUUUCCUGGUUUUGGACGCUGGUCCCUCUUUGUGAGCUCAACAGAAUUCCUUCUGUCAGUGCAGGUGUACAACCCUCAACUUCAGAAAUCUACAAUGGCAGCCAUUGGAAACCGGGGAACUGUGACCGAAGCUUCCGGUUUUGACCCAGAAGCCGAUGUUCAGAAGCUUCGAGGAGCAAUGAAGGGAGCCGGCACCGAUGAAGCUGCCGUCAUCGAGGUCCUGGCACAUCGAACCAUUGCUCAAAGGCAGCGCAUCAAGGAGGCCUUUAAACAAGCUGUUGGAAAGGACCUAGCAGACGAGCUGUCCUCAGAGCUGAGUGGGAACUUCAGGAGUGUCGUUCUGGGGCUUCUGAUGUUGGCGCCUGUGUAUGAUGCCUACGAGCUGAGGAAUGCAAUGAAGGGAGCUGGGACAGAAGAGGCUUGUCUCAUUGACAUUCUGGCUUCCAGGACCAACGAUGAAAUCAAAACCAUCAAUGCGUUUUACAAGAAGGAGUAUGGCAAGAGCCUGGAAGAUGCCGUUUGUGGUGACACGUCUGGAAUGUUUCAGAGAGUUUUGGUUUCUUUACUGACGGCUGGCCGUGACGAGAGCAGCCACGUGGAUGACGCCCAGGCUGCCAAAGACGCCAAGGACAUCUACGAGGCCGGCGAGGCUCGAUGGGGCACCGACGAGGUGAAAUUCCUGACGGUGCUUUGUGUGAGGAACCACCAGCAUCUGCUGCGAGUGUUCGAGGAGUAUAAGAAGAUAUCGGGAAGAGACAUCGAGGAAAGCAUCAAACGAGAGAUGUCCGGGUGCCUAGAGGACGUCUUCGUGGCUAUAGUGAAGUGCGUCAGAAGCAAGCCGGCGUUCUUCGCUGAGCGGCUUUACAAAUCAAUGAAGGGUCUUGGGACCACGGACAGUGUCCUCAUCAGGAUCAUGGUCUCCAGGGCUGAGAUAGACAUGCUGGACAUCAAGGCACAGUUCAUGAAGAUGUACGGGAAGACCCUCUACUCCUUUAUCAAGGGCGAUACAUCCGGCGACUACCGCAAGAUCCUGCUGGAGCUGUGUGGAGGGGAGUAAAAGAUCAGUCAACAAAAUAUGUGUCUGAUCUGAUCCACACCACAAGCUCUGAAGCGAAUGAUUCAACUCGAUUAUAUUUUCCUCUUUCAUAUUUCACCCACUCCCCACAGUGUCUCUGGGAUUGUUUGUAAUUAAACCAAAGAGCAGUGACCUUUUACACAUGUCAGUGUUUUUGUUAUUGAGUCACUGUUAAGAGUGGAUUAGUCGUAAAGUUGAGUGAUGUAUGCAUCUGGCUUCUUUAAACUCAUAAAACAUGUCUGUUACCCCGCGUCUCCAUUAUGGAUGAGUCACUGGAAUCCAUUUGUUUAAUUGGCUGUGACUCCUCCUUUGUUGAGUCAGCCCACAAUGGGCUUCCCCAAUUACAUUAACAGUGUCCUAUCUCGAUUUGUGGUGCCGUAAAGUGUUCUCUAAUCUGGUAAAGAGGACGUCUCAUCUUGGCUCCUCUAAACUCAGCCGGCGCUCUAGAUAUCUAGAUAUAGAUGUGGAUUUAGAGCGGCGGUAUACAGAAUGGCCACUAGAGGGCGGCAUUAAAAUGAGUCACAAGCACGCGAAGGAAACCAGAGAACGGUCUCAAAUAACUAUACAUGACUGUAACAUUGUCGUGUGUUCACCCAUAUACAAACCUGAGAAGAGUCAUCAACACUCAGCAUGACGAGUCAGAAGUAGUGAUGUGAACAUGUCAUGUUUUCCAGGUGGAACAGUCACUUUUAUUUGUCUUAUCCUAUCUGACAGAGGAAUAUCUUCUGCUCUUUGUUGCAAAAGAAGGGAUUUGAAUACAUUUAUCGGAGUUAGACAUAAAAAAAAACGUUUAUGGUGUUGUUUGCAGUGAACUUUAGGUGACCGCUCCAGGUCAAUGGCAGGUCAGGCUGAACAAGAAGCUAGUCGGUGAAUCAUAAUGAAUAAUAACUUGUAAUUACACUGCUAACAAAUAUGAAUGAGUAGUCCAAAGUAGUCCAACAUGUAACUAAUAUGAUUUAAAGAAUCCAAGAGAGAAGGGAAAUGGAACUGCUUGGCCAAGGUCAGUGAAACAUGCAAAUCAAAUGGGUAAAGUUUCAAGAUGUUGUUCAGCAAAUGUCAGAUUUUACUGGCGAAACACCAUCAAUCAGUUUGGUGAGUGUUGCGGAUGAGGUCACAGCAUUGGGUUUAUUUAUUGCUCCCAAUAAUGCUCUUUCAUUGUGUGCCGUAAAAGUAAUUAACAGUAGCAGCCUGUCUUCUCAAUGAAAGAAACAUAAAUCGCUUGAAUUCAACCAAUGACUUUCUCCUUCUUCAAGGAUUCUCUCUUCAUAGUGAACAGCUUUCCUUUCCGGAGACAUGGAUCUCAUGUUGCAGUGGACGGCAAAACUUGAAAAAUGUAUUUGAGACUAAAAUAACUCAUGAGGUUUUGGGAUAGAACCCUUGCUCUUGCAGUCAUGCACUUGCUUGAAGAGCUUUAAUAGGAAAACACUGCU